AUCUGGCAUGGCUGAGCUCGCAAGUCUUGAGGAACCGCUGUGCUCUGAGCAGUUCGGCUCCGGGGCGGCCCGGAGCUGCCACGCCGCCGCCGACGGGACCCUGCAGUGGGAGGCCUGGGGGUGGUGCAAGUGGGGGCUCUCCGGGGCCUUCACAGUGAAACCCGAAAAACAUGAUGGGGGUGAGGGGACGGCUCCCGAGGCCGCCUCACCACUUCUAUCUGGUCUCCUGGCUGUGUUCCUGCCGCAGGGUUACCCCGAUAGCGUCAGCACAGACUAUUUGCCCUACCAGCUGUGGGAUUCUGUGCAGGCCUUUGCUUCCAGCCUUUCCGGCUCCCUUGCCACCCACGCAGUCUUGGUGGGCAUAGGGGUGGGGGACGCAAAAGCCUCUGUUUCAGCUGCCACGGCCACCUGGUUGGUGAAAGAUUCAACUGGCAUGUUGGGCCGCAUCAUCUUCGCUUGGUGGAAGGGGAGCAAACUGGACUGUAAUGCCAAGCAGUGGAGGCUUUUUGCUGACAUCCUCAAUGAUGUAGCCAUGUUCCUUGAGAUUAUGGCUCCCAUAUACCCAGUGUGUUUCACCAUGACCAUAUGCACCAGCAACCUGGCCAAGUGCAUUGUGAGCGUGGCUGGUGGAGCCACUCGGGCUGCACUGACCAUGCACCAGGCCCGAAGAAACAACAUGGCUGACGUGUCAGCCAAAGAUAGCAGCCAGGAGACACUAGUAAACCUGGUAGGGCUCUUGGCUAGCCUCUUGAUGCUUCCCCUGGUGUCCAGUUGCCCUAGCUUUAGCCUCGGUUGUUUCUUCCUCCUCACUUCCCUCCAUAUCUAUGCCAACUAUCGGGCAGUCCGAGCCCUUGUCAUAGAGACCUUGAACGAACACCGACUGUGGCUGGUCCUGAAGCACUUCCUUCAGAGGGGAGAGAUUCUUAGUCCUACCUCAGCCAAUCAGAUGGAGCCACUGUGGACAGGUUUGUGGCCGUCUCUGUCUUUAUCCCUGGGGGUCCCCCUACACCACUUGACCACCAGUGUCUUUGAGCUGCAACAGCUGGUCGAGGGGCACCAGGAACCCUACCUCCUUCACUGGGACCAGUCACAAAACCAGGUGCAGGUCGUUCUGAGCCAGAUGGCAGGCCCUGAGACCAUCCUAAGGGCUGCCACACAUGGGCUGGUGCUUGGAGCCUUGCAGGAAAAUGAGCCCCUCCCAGCCGAGCUGGAGGAAUUGAGGACCCGAGUACAGGCAGGUCCUGAGAAAGAGAGCUGGGUCAUUGUCAGGGAGACACACCAAGUGUUGGACAAGCUGUUCCCAAAGUUCCUGAAAGGACUGCAGGAUGCAGGCUGGAAGACUAAGAAGUACCAGCUAGAGGUGGAUGAGUGGAGGGCCACAUGGCUCCUGUCUCCAGCAAAGAAGGUCUUAUAAACAGCUCACAUGGAAGCCCAGGUCCCAGGACAGGGCCUGGAGCAAGGACACUUUGGCCACAGCAGGACACAGGAACUUGCUUUAUUUUUGCUUAGGGAAACUUCCGUAGUGGUUAGCCAAGGCCUCAUGACUGCCAAUCAAGAUAGACUGGGCCCCAGGCGGAGACAAGAUAAAAAGAAGGGAACCAAGGCUUCCCCCUCCCCUCCUGCCCCAUUCCCUUCUCACUACUACAGGCUCCCCACCACCAUUCAUUGUGAAGCUGAGCCCUGCCCUGGCUGUGGCUCAUGGGGUCCAGCAUACUUGGCCUCAGGCAUAAAAGCCCCAGAGGAACAUGGCCACAGCCAUCAUGAGCAAGGCAUUGAGGUUGACGACACGGGCCCAGCUUGGGUCCUCACUGAUGUCCUCCAGUCGCCUGGCUACUGCAGCCACCUCCUCCUGUGUAGGCAGUUGGUGGCUGCCUGCCUCACCCCUACUUAUUCCACAGAACCAGAGCAGGCACUGGUGGAAUAGGCCUGGUGCUGGGGACUGGGGCUCUAGAAACAGUUGAGGCCCUGUGGUUAGUUUGAGAGAACUUGGCUGCCCCAGAUCCCCAGCCCCACCUCCUGAGGCAAAUGCCUUACCCUCCAUGCUCACUGCAUGCUCAGGGCACCCAUUCUGAACAACACAUAAGGUUAGACCUUCCAGCUCAUCAGCAUCCAGGUCCUCCCUCUUCUCCUUGCUGUGCCGGAGACUGAAAACCAGGCGGUGGAGCUGGGGAAGGGCAGAAGCAAGGACCAGGUGGGAGCACAGUUCCCCCACCCCAGAUCCUGAGGUCUCUUGUCCAUACUGGCAUUCCCCAAGCUCGCUGUCCAACCUGUAGAUCUGGCCCAGGCUCACUCAAACAUGACCAUCCAUAACAGCCCUUUGCCCUGAGACUAAACCCAAGCUCUUUGGCAGGGUAGUUAAAGUUCUUGGUCUGGCUCACCCCCUGCUUCAUCGCCCCAAGUCCCCUCUCUAUACUCAAUAUUGUAGUACUUUAGUCUUACAGUUCUGUUAGCACAGUGUUCCUUCCUGAGGAUAUUUGCUCACAGUUUCUUCCUACUGUCUUUGCCCUCUUCUCUACCUGUAAAAUCCUUCCAGGCCCAGCUCCUUUGUCCUGUUCCCCAAUCAGCCAUACCCUGGGACACUUGCCCUUGCCCUGCAGCAGCACAAGACUGAACCCUUUUAUGGGCUUUCAAGAUUGUGCUCUGUCCAUCUCAGUCACCAAUCAGAUCCUGUGUUUUGAGCCUUAAAGGCCAUGCUGAGGAUUUUGGGGGGUGUCUUCAAGACGCCUCCCCCUAAACCAUUCAAAUAAAUGUCAUUUAAAUAAAA